AGGCACAUCCCUCCAUAACUUGACCAGGAAAAAUGGAAAGAGCCGACUUCUGUGCGAAAAUGAAAGAUUCAACGGUAAGAAUAACUUGCAAGUGGAAAACAUUACUUUUAAAAAGAGAAUGUCCAUUGUAAAUGAAGUACGACACUUCAUAAACACGUGCAGACAGGCACGAGGUUACGUAUAGGAGAGCAAAUAAUGGUGAAUUAAGUACUGUGAAUCACCUGGAGAAUUCAAAGAAAGAUUUUGGGAAUGGAUAACCAAAACGCACCUUCUCCCUUCGCAAGGAUAUCAUUACCUCCAUGGAUGAACAACGCCUUGCACAAAGUGAUGCAGGAUGGUCAGGCAUGUGUGAAGUCAAUGUCUAGUCAAUUGCACAAGCUAGGAUGCCCUCCAAGGAAGGAUGGAGUAAAUGCAAAACCCACAAAGGGAAGAGAGCCGAAGGCUUUGGAUUUCAAGGCCAAAUUGGCAAAACAAUUACAAGCCUGGAGGGAAAACAAUGAAUGGGUUGACACAUCUCCGAAAAUAGAGGUUACCGUCCCUAAAGGUACCCUCUGCAAUCUGAAGGCCAUUGUUCAAGUUGGGUUGCCACCAGAUGCAGUGUUCGACAUUGUUAUUGAUCCAGAAAACAAGAGGGUAUUCAAAAACAUCAAGGAAGUAACAUAUAGGAAGGUUUUGGAAGAUGAUGGAUAUCGCCAAUUGGUUGAGGUUGAGCAAGCUGCAAUGUGGAGGUUUCUUUGGUGGUCUGGAACAAUAGCUGUCAGAGUUUAUGUUGAUCAGGACAGGCGCAAUCAUAUAGUAAGAUUCCACCUGGCAAAGGAAGGUUUCAUGAAGAAAUUUGAAGGCAGAUGGAAGUUAGAACCUAUAUUUGUGGAUGAAGAAGUCUGUACCAUUUCCAAACCUAGUACAUUAGAAGAGUAUGAGUUAUGCUCCCGUGGGAAAGGCAGAGUAGCAUCUUUGAUCAAAUUGGAGCAGCUGGUUCAACCUGCUCUACUUCCUCCACCUCCCAUUUCAUGGUAUGUUAGAGGUAUCACUGCAAGGACCACAGAAAUGCUGGUAGAAGAUCUUCAAGCAGAAGUUAAGAGACUUAGGGAGGGUUUAAUUCCCUCUCCCUUAAUUACCAAUGAAGGAAAGCUUCCAGAGGCUGGCGAUGCUUCAAGGCACUCUAUUUAAUUUUCACAUGACAGGCAGAUCGGUGACAAUGAUGAUGCUGCAGAGCCCAAAUGGCAGCAGCAGAAGAGGAGUAGGAAGUAGAGAAGCAAGCCUAUCAACCAAAUACACAUAUUGAGGCAAGUCCUAAAUGUUAUCAGAGCCAGUCUUUCGAAGAGAGAAGAUUUGAUCGUUUGUAUACUAUUCUUUCAUUACCAACGUAUUUCUAUUUCAAUUGAACAAAAAAUCUGUUGAGAAAGUUGGAAACCUUGUUUCUUUGGAAAUAUUUUUUAGGGAAAUGCAAUCCAUUUUUCUUUCUUGCACUUA